GCCUUCACUUAAUAAUCUGUCUUUGUCCCUCAGACGUUCACGGCGUGGUGUAACUCUCAUCUGCGUAAAGCAGGAACCCAGAUCGAGAACAUUGAAGAGGAUUUCAGGAAUGGCCUCAAACUCAUGCUGCUGCUCGAGGUCAUCUCAGGUGAGAGACUGCCCAAGCCUGAUAAAGGAAAGAUGCGUUUCCACAAGAUCGCCAACGUCAACAAGGCUCUGGAUUAUAUCUCUAGCAAAGGAGUCAAACUGGUGUCCAUCGGUGCUGAAGAGAUUGUUGAUGGCAAUGUGAAAAUGACUCUGGGAAUGAUCUGGACCAUCAUUCUCCGUUUCGCUAUCCAGGACAUUUCUGUGGAGGAGACGUCUGCUAAAGAGGGUCUGCUGCUGUGGUGUCAGAGGAAGACGGCCCCCUACAGGAACGUCAACGUACAGAACUUCCACAUCAGCUGGAAGGACGGCCUGGCUCUGUGUGCCCUCAUCCACAGACACAGACCAGACCUCAUCGACUACUCUAAACUCAGAAAGGACGACCCUAUUGGAAACCUGAACACUGCGUUUGAGGUGGCAGAGAAGUACCUGGACAUCCCGAAGAUGCUGGACGCUGAAGACAUCGUCAAUACUCCUAAACCUGAUGAGAAAGCCAUCAUGACCUACGUGUCCUGCUUUUACCACGCUUUCGCCGGUGCCGAGCAGGCCGAGACCGCGGCUAACAGGAUCUGUAAGGUUCUGGCUGUGAACCAGGAGAACGAACGGCUGAUGGAGGAGUAUGAGAAACUGGCCAGUGAGUUGUUGGAGUGGAUCCGUCGCACCAUCCCGUGGCUGGAGAACCGCGUGGCGGAGCAGACCAUGCGUGCCAUGCAGCAGAAGCUGGAGGAUUUCCGCGACUACAGGCGCGUCCACAAGCCUCCACGCGUUCAGGAGAAGUGCCAGCUGGAGAUCAACUUCAACACCCUGCAGACCAAACUCCGCCUGAGCAACCGCCCGGCCUUCAUGCCCUCCGAGGGCAAGAUGGUGUCGGAUAUUGCUAACGCAUGGAAAGGUCUAGAGCAGGUAGAGAAGGGUUACGAGGAAUGGCUCCUCACCGAGAUCCGUCGUCUGGAGAGACUCGAUCAUCUGGCGGAGAAGUUCAAGCAGAAAUGUGCCCUUCAUGAGUCCUGGACCACAGGGAAGGAGCACCUGCUGUCUCAGAAGGACUAUGAGACGGCCUCUCUGAUGGAGAUCAGGGCUCUGAUGAGGAAGCACGAGGCGUUUGAGAGUGACCUGGCCGCACACCAGGACCGCGUGGAGCAGAUCGCAGCCAUCGCUCAAGAGCUGAAUGAGUUGGACUAUCAUGAUGCUGCUUCGGUGAACACCCGCUGUCAGGGCAUCUGUGACCAGUGGGACAACCUGGGAACCCUGACCCAGAAGAGAAGAGACGCUCUCGAGCGUGUAGAAAAACUGUGGGAGACGAUUGAUCAGUUGUACCUGGAGUUCGCCAAGAGGGCGGCGCCCUUCAACAACUGGAUGGAUGGAGCCAUGGAGGAUCUGCAGGACAUGUUCAUCGUGCACAGCAUCGAGGAGAUCCAGAGUCUGAUCACAGCUCACGAUCAGUUCAAGGCCACCCUGCCCGAAGCCGAUAAGGAGCGCAUCGCCGUCAUGGGCAUCCAGAACGAGAUCACCAAGAUCGCCCAGACCUACGGCAUCAAGCUGGUCGGAGUCAACCCCUACACGGUCCUCAGCCCACAGGACAUCACCAACAAAUGGGAGGCAGUGAAGCAGCUGGUUCCCCUCAGAGACCAGAUGCUGCAGGAGGAGGUUGCGAGGCAACAGGCCAACGAGAGGCUGAGGCGCUCCUUCGCCGCUCAGGCCAACAUCAUCGGACCCUGGAUCCAGAACAAGAUGGAGGAGAUCGGUCAAGUGUCGGUGGAUAUCGCCGGCUCUCUGGAGGAACAGAUGAAUAAUCUGAAGCAGUACGAGCAGAACAUCAUCAACUACAAAUCCAACAUUGACAAACUGGAGGGAGAUCACCAGCUCAUUCAGGAGGCACUCGUCUUCGACAACAAACACACCAACUACACCAUGGAGCACAUCCGUGUGGGCUGGGAGCAGCUGCUUACCACCAUCGCUCGCACCAUCAACGAGGUGGAGAACCAGAUCCUGACCCGCGACGCCAAGGGCAUCAGCCAGGAGCAGCUCAAUGAGUUCAGAGCCUCCUUCAACCACUUCGACAGGAAGAGAAACGGCAUGAUGGACCCCGACGAUUUCCGUGCAUGUCUGAUCUCCAUGGGUUAUGAUCUGGGUGAGGUGGAGUUUGCCCGCAUCAUGACCCUGGUGGACCCCAACAACACAGGUGUGGUGACCUUCCAGGCCUUCAUCGACUUCAUGACACGCGAGACCGCCGAAACCGACACUGCUGAACAGGUCAUGGCCUCCUUCAAGAUCCUGGCCUCUGACAAGCCCUACAUCACCAUGGAGGAGCUCCGUCGUGAACUCCCACCCGAGCAGGCCGAGUACUGCAUCAGCCGCAUGACCAAGUACGUCGGCCCCGAGGCGGCCCCUGGAGCCCUGGAUUACAUCUCCUUCUCCAGUGCCCUCUAUGGAGAGAGCGAUUUAUAAACGCUCUGAUUUCUUUUUCUCUUUCUUUCCUCUCAUCUUUCUCCUCUCAUAUUCUCCAAACCCCCAAAUGUAGUAUUCGAUCUACGAGGGAGUUUGUAAUAUCCCUCGUUUCCCCUCUGUCUGCUAGCUUUAACAUCAUAUUUGUACUACAUCCACCGUGUAAAGGACGUGUAAGUGGUGGGGUUUAAUCUCGCCGUCACUCAAUAUUGUGUCCAAUUUUGAUGCCAAAACCUCCUAUAUGCAUCUCAUAUGAUGAGUCUAAAGUCAGCAUGGAGUUAGACCAACCCUAUUUACGUUCCUAAUUUGCAUUUU